AUGGAUGGCCUGUUGUGGGGAGCCUUCCAUGCCCAGUCGAGAGGCGAAAUAGAAAAGGUUUGUGGUAUCCUCUUCAAAGUGUGGGGUUUGGCUUUUGUUGAAAAAUUCGCGAGGAUUACAAGAUGUAGUGUAAAUAUACGUAUUUAUUUGGCAGAUAUGGAAGCCCACUGGCACAGCAGGUGCCCCCCCCAAAUCCAGCUCCCAGAUCCGACAUCGGCUCCGCUAGUGCUCAUUUCUCAGCGACGGUUUUGGACAUCGUGGCCUCCUAAACGACGCCGUCCUGUGGGGUCCAGGAUGAUAUGUUACCGGUACCCUUUUCUUGGGCGCCUGGUUCUCCUCGGCAACCGGUUACCCCGUACUUCGGGACGCUCUCUCAGACGAAGACCCUGCCACGAGGUGCCCUACGUGACCAGAGACCGAAGGGCCGCCGUGAAUGGACCAUUGUCUAUGCCUGCCCUACACACACAUAGAGAAUUAGUAUUCCGGCCCUGCUGCCUGCGAUGA